UUAAUUGUAUAAUAAAAUGUAUUUAUCUUUUAUAGUAGUUCAGUCAGAAUAAUAGAUCACAUGGUCCAAUUUUUCUGUUAUCUGUGCUCAAGAACUAUCUGUGGUUAGGAGGUUUGGAACUUGUGAAUUUGUGAUUGUGACCACGUUUUUGUAAAAAAAACGCAACAAUGCAAAUUUUCGUAAAAACUCUCACUGGUAAGACCAUCACCCUCGAGGUCGAGCCAUCAGACACUAUUGAAAAUGUGAAGGCUAAGAUUCAAGACAAGGAAGGAAUUCCUCCAGAUCAGCAACGUUUGAUCUUCGCUGGAAAACAAUUGGAAGAUGGUCGUACACUGUCAGACUACAAUAUUCAGAAGGAAUCCACCCUUCAUCUGGUAUUGCGUCUUCGUGGUGGUAUUAUUGAGCCUUCCCUCCGUCUUUUGGCCCAGAAAUACAACUGCGACAAAAUGAUCUGUCGUAAGUGCUAUGCUAGAUUACAUCCCCGUGCAACAAAUUGCAGGAAAACAAAGUGUGGACACACCAACAAUCUCCGCCCCAAGAAGAAACUUAAGUAGACAUUAUGUAUGCAUUUGAGAGACUUGAUUAAAAUUUGAAUUUUCAUGUAA